AUGAAUGGCGAUGAUGAUGAUAGUGUUCACGAAAGCACCGGCAGUGGUGAGACAUUACCAAAUGCCAAUAAAAGUGACAAAAGUAGGAAUUCUCUACUCUGUUUUAAAAGAAAGAAGUCACCAUACAAGACUAAAGGUACCACGCCUAGUGACAAUAAAAUUAAAAAACCUACACGUUCAACAAAGCCUUCCAAUAAAGCUACACUUUCAAAAGAUACAACCUCUAAAACACAUCAAGCUAAAACGUCAAGAAAUUCGCCAAUAUCUUUCACAAACAUUACUGAAAUAUCUCUGUCUAAAGAAGAAGAUGAAGUAAAAACGAAGUCAUUCAAGGAUGAAGACCAUGGUGUCACUGAAACUACAAAACAACACAGAGAUAUAGAAUCACAUGAACCUGUGAAAACUGAAGUUGAAGAGGUUGAAAAGUUAUCACUGGAAGAUAAAGAUGUAGCAUUCGACGAAAACCUGUGCAAAAUUCAAUCGUCAUCACAAGAUGAUGAUAUAAGCAAAUCACCUUCACAUUUGCCUGUUCUAACUGACCAAAAUGAAAAUCUAGAAAAUUAUCCAACAUCAAUAGGUACUGAACAGUUUGCUAUACAAAAAUAUCCCUGUGAAUGUUGUGAAUGCUGUCGAAAUCAUCAUCAUCAUCUUUCUAUUACAUAUUGUUCUCCAUCCUUAUUACCAGAUGACUCUGAUGCAGUGCUGGAAGAAGAAAAUAUCCUCCCGGCUGCUUUAAAUUUAAGAAUAGUCCAGUCAAUUGAUAAUACUGAACAUGUACUUGCAGAGAAUAAAAUUUCCUUGAAUACAUUAUUUCAACCAGAUGUUGAAACACUGGAUGAAUUAGAUCCAGUGAAUGCGGUGUAUAAUGCAACUGAGCGAAAUGCCCUAUCAAAACAUGAGCCUCCACUGAAUCAGACAACUGCUACAAGCUCUAAAACUAUCCAACAUUGUGAACUGCCAUCUGUUAAACUCACUAUUACAGCUUCUACAUCAAGUCCACAAAAGUGUAAAUUCAAUGAAAGAAAUAAUUAUUGUAUGUGUGGUUGUUCUCUUGUUAACAAGAAUACAAAUAUGCAGCGUGAACAAACAAUCGGAAAUUCGUCUGCAGAAUGUCGAACAGAUGAGGAGUUUUCUAGAAAGUACAGUACUGAGUCUAAAGUACAAUUAUCACAGUCACAACCGAAGCCAUUGCCAUUGUCAUUGCCAUUGCCAAGAGAAUCGCAGAGAACACCAACACCACCGCCAAGAUCAGAAACACCGACACCGACACCGCCACCAUCACCACCAUUGUCAAUAUCAAAACAAUCCGAACUGUCGAAAUCAGUACAGACUAUGACAUCAUCGACAACAGCUUUCAAAACUCCAGCAUUACUAAUACUGCCUGAAACAGAUAUACAAAAGUCGAGAGAAUCAGCGCCAAGUGUGUCAUCAACAAAAAUAAUAGCAGCAGCAGCACAGAAACACCCACCUGCAACACCAUAUGAACGAAUAGUGUGUAAUUGUUCAGUGAAAGCCAAUCACUGUCACUGUUCGAAUAGAAUAUGCACCACUUUCAAGCAAAUUGAACAAAUGCACUAUCCGUACAACUGUAAGCCAUAUAAAUAUAUUCUUUGUCCUGCAGAUAAAGGCUUACAACAGUGUGAUUGUAUAAUUCUGUGUAAUCAUCAGAACGGACUGAGUGUAAGUCGACAGUAA